AUGGCAUUUGAGACAAUCACUGAGAGGAAUCUAGACAGUGUUGUUUGUGGAAUAUGUGGAGUAUGCCCUGAAGUUUGUUUAGGAGAUGGGAAUGAAAAAAACUGCUGCAACAAUUCACAGAUAACAUAUACCAAGGAAAACAAACAACAUGGUAGCAUGAUUUCAUUCGAGGAAUUACUGUCAAGAAUUACAUCUAGAGCGAUAGAAAAGGCUGUUUACACAAGAAACGAAAAUGCGUUCAACAUCAAGAUUGAAGAAUUGCCGCCAAUAAUGCCUGAUGCAAUGCGAGAUGAAAACACAAUAAACUCCAAACAUAUGAGAAACAGAGUGCCUUUAAAAUCUUCUCAGUAUGAUGGUGAUCCAGCAAAAUUACACCAACUGAUAAAGGCAAAACAACUUGAUAUAGACAAUCUCAAAGAGAUGUCUCUGGACACGAUAAAAGACAUAUGCCAACAAUGUUCCAUUUCAACUCAGAGAAAAUCAAAGACAACACUGGUCGGUAAUAUUUACAGCCUAUACGCAUCUAUUACAAUCGGUCUGAGUCCAUGCCACAACUUCUCCAAACUUCCUGGGAAAGCCGGUGGAUUUUACCACAUCGUGUGUCGCCAUGGGUGUACUGUCGCAUCAAAGUUUCUCGGCUUGACCGAGUCUGUACGAGAUGCUGCAGACUUGUGUUUGUCAUUAAAAUACAAGCCUAUAGUUUUUAUCAAUGACACACCAUGUAGGUUGGCACGACAUAUGGAAUGUAGAUGUCCAGAUAUCUGCGCAAAUUUAUGGGGAAAUAGGUGGUUGUUUUGA